AAGAAGAGGUCCUAAGGUGGGAGGACGAAGAAGGAAACAAUGCGUUGCAUACUGCAAUUUCUGAAAAUCAAACUGAGGUGAAGCUGUUGAUAAAAUACAUGGAAGUAAAUACAAAGAACCGUCAAGGUUUGACAGCUUUGGACAUCUUCUACAAUCACCACGAUUCGCUGAAUGCAGAAGUUGAGGAAAUUCUACUUGGUUCUAAAGCUAAAAGAGCUUCUGAAGUAGCAGCCCAUCCUCGGUUUAUCUCUAGACUUGAAAAACUACCUGGUGUUGAAAAUUCACCUGUCACUUACUAUUCUAGGAAAUUACCAUUGGCAAAAUGCAUUCGGAAAAUUUGUGGGGGUGGUGCCCAGAGCAUAAAUGAAAUACCUCUUGAAGUCCGAAACGUACUACUUGUGGUGGCUAUGUUGAUUACCACAACCACCUAUCAAGCCGCACUCAGCCCCCCCGGAGGAUAUUGGCAGGAUGACGGGAAUCUGCCAGCAGCCAACACUGUUAUCAAUAAAAACACAAACAUCACCUCCAUCCUCGCUGGUGAAGAGCCAUCACAACAACGCGCAGGGCACAUGAUUCAAGGGUCUUACAUGCAUCUGUACUUUUUGCUAUUUAAUUCUGUGGCUUUCUUCGCGUCUGUCUGCUCAAUUUUGGUUCUUAUAACUGGGUUCCCUUUUUCCAAAUUCAUUUUCUCAUGGACACUUUUGAUCGUAUUUUCAUUCACUUUUGCCGUGAUCGAAACCUUUCCGUAUCGAUAUAACACAACGGAUCCUCUUGUUUUGGAGCGCUUUGAUGAGGAAGCAUUUUUGAGUACUCCCUUACACACAGCUGUAAGAGAGGGAAAGAUCCGAUUCGCAAAGGAAAUAGUAAACCUAAAGCCUUCAUUUGUUGUAAGCGGGACCAUCUUGGGCGUGCUCCUUCAUUUGGCUUUGGAGGGGAAGCACGGGGAACUGAAAGAGCUUAAUCCCCCUCCUUUGGCUUUAGAAGAAAGGUAUCAGGAAAUGGAAGGGCGUGGUCCCUCCGAUUUGGAUUUGGAGAAGUAUCAAGAAUUGGUAACAUGGCUGAUAAAAAUUCACCCAGAGCUUGUUCGGGUGAAAGCAAAGGGAUGGUUACUCCUUUGCACUACGAGCUCAAAUAGACGAUGA